AUGCUGGCCCUUGGAGUGGAUUAUGGAAAACGAAGGAUGGAAGGAGGAGGUGGAGGAGCAAAGGGAAAAGCGAUGACGAUGUGGAAUUCUCCUGCCACGGUUAGCAUGCAUACUCGUAGUCCUGGUAUUAACAUAAAGGAGAAGAUCUCGCAGUGGGAAGGUCUGAGCCAGCAUGAGGAAGGCCACAAUGUGAAAGCCAAGACCCAUGGGGUCGCUGUAUCCCGAACUCUCUCUGCGGACAUCCUAGGAAAUGGAGUACAUAUCGAUAACCGCCAUGGUGCACCUCAUAGUAAAACUAACAUCUCCAAAGCCAAAAGUCUGGGUUUGGACUUCAGGGAAAAGCAAGGACUCCACGAACAAGUCGGAGUCGGCUGCAAAUCAGACCCUCCACAGAGCAACACGUGUUUGAAUAAAGCUACAAACUCAGCUGCUACGCCUAGAGCAUUGACGACUUUAACCCAAAACAAAUCCGUCGUUAAUAAACAUGCUAAAACUCAUAAUGGGGAACAGAUGGAUGAUAGUGUCAUAGAUGCUGUCAUCGAUGAUCCUGCACCUCGGCCCAUGGACGAUCCUGAGGAGGGCCUUCCGCCUGGGAACUUCUACACCUCCAGAGGAUUCUGGCGUAGGCUGGAGGGGGAUGAGUCACUCUGGGAGAAAGAACGAGAUUCCUCGGCAAUGACUAAAAGUCUUGGUUCCCUGGAUCCGAAUUCGCCUCCACCUAAACCACAGCGUACGUUCCAGUACCGGGGGGUUGAGUGUCCCCCCUCACGUUUUGCUCAGUGGGAAAACCAAGCUUCCAAUGCCUGUCGGCCACAGGUCAGACGCGGGGGCGUGUUAUCUCCCCCGAGCUGCCCGCCACCACCUUGUCCUGUCACCCCUAGCAAUGGAUUUUCUAGAAACAGGAAGAACAGGAAGUCGUUUGAGUUUGAGGAUGUGGUGCGACUGACGGCCCAGCAGGCUGGGAGGGGGAAGGAGAGUCGGCGUUCAGGGCUUUACCACGCUCGGUCUGAGGACAGCAUCUACGAGGACAUUAUCCCUGACUUGCCCAGGGAGAAUCCAUAUGAGGAUGUCAAACUGUCUCCAAUGUGCCUGCCCAUUGGGCGGUCAAGGCACCGCACCAUCACUCACAGGCCGACCACAAGAACCCCGAAGGUUCCCCCUAGGCCUCUCACCUUACGUCCCAAAACUGACAGAAUGGAGAUGGGAUUGCACAAUGAACACAAGGACUCGGUGACGUUAUCAAGUCAUGCAUCCACCGUAUCUGCACCCAGAUCAGCCGCGUCGAAACGGGCUACGGGUUAUAAGACAUACCGACAUCCUGAGUAUGUGAAUAAGAUUCAAGAGAUCUUCCAGGCCAAGAGAGGGUGGAAGAGAGUAAAGAGCCAAACAGGCAUGGCCAGAGAGGAAACUAGUGGGACAGAAAGCGACCCAGAGGAGAACAGCAAAGGUGGUUCCCACCGCUUGGUUUAUGUGCAGUCUACACUGAAAAGGAGGCCAGGGUACCGUACCCUGGAGAGAGAUUUGAUACAGCUGCAGCAACAACAGCUCCUCCAACUGUUUGUGGUUGUGUCACUCAGAAAGAGUUCCCCCGGUAACACGUACUCGCCUGAGAUCACUCAACAGUUCCCCACUAAGUUUGAGAAACCGUCCCGACUCUCCAGAGAGGCAGAAGAUCGUUUGAAGGCCAUCCCCAAGUUCUGUUUCCCGGACUCCCAAGAUUGGCGCCCAUCUGCUGACAUGACCAGCGAAACGUUUUCCUUUGUGCUGACCGGGGAAGACGGCAGUCGUUGGUUUGGUUACUGUCGUAAGAUCCUGCCCAGCGGAAAGGGGAAGAGACUGCCUGAGGUUCACUGUAUUGUUAGCAGACUUGGCUGCUUCAAUUUGUUUGCAAAGAUUUUGGAAGAGGUGGAAAGAAGGAGGGAGAUCUCCCCUGCCUUGGUGAGCCCCUUCAUGCGUAGUGUAAUGGAAGCCCCGUUUCCUGCCCCUGGACGCACCAUCACAGUCAAAAGCUUCUUACCUGGCACAGGGAACGAGGUUCUCACUCUGUGCCGACCUGUGGACUCCAGACUGGAACAUGUGGAUUUUGAGGUUCUAUUCCAGUGUCUUAGCAUACCACACCUCCUCCAAGUCUUCGCCUCACUGUUACUGGAAAGGAGAGUGAUUUUCAUCGCUGACAAACUCAGCACUUUAUCACGCUGUGCCCAUUCGGCAUUGGCGCUGCUCUACCCGUUCACUUGGCAACACACCUUUGUGCCCGUGCUGCCGGCCAGCAUGCUGGACAUAUGCUGCUCUCCCACUCCGUUCGUACUGGGGGCUCUGUCUGCAUCUCUCCCACAGUUACAAGACAUGCCCAUAGAGGAGGUUCUCAUCGUUGACCUUUGCGCUGACAGAUUUAUUGUACAGCUCGGUGAUGAAGACUGCAUCCUACCCAAUAAGCUACAAGCUGCUUUGCAAGAGAUCCUGGAAAACAGAGAGCAAAUUCUCAACCAGGGAGAAGUCUACAGAAGUAGAGAUGAGCGCGUGGAUUUGAGUGCUUUGUUGUCGGAGGCGUUUGUGCGCUUCUUCGUGGAAUUAGUGGGACAUUACUCUCUCCACAUGACGGAGGCGAACGCCGGCGGAGUCCGAGAACUGCAGAGAGAGGCCUUCAGGAAGUCCCAUCCAUCACGAGGGGUGCGGCAGUUCCUCCAGCUCUUCAUGGACACACAAAUGUUUGCUGGCUUCAUUCACGAUCGAGAACAUCGCAAGGGUGGAGUAAAGGGACUUUUUGAAGUGAGAGCCACAGAAUAUUUGGACUCCGAUUCCGAACCUGAACCUAGCGGGGUUAACAAAUUUCUCAAAGGCCUAGGUAACAAGAUGAAGUUUCUGCAGAAGAAGUAAGUGUUCUGUCAAACUGUCAAAGAGAUAAUUAGCUCACCGUCAUCGUGAAGAUGAGAACAUCCUGAGAUUGGGUCUGACUCUGGAGGGAGGAGCACUUUGACUCAUCAGUCAGACACAAUGCU